CAUCAGCUACAUGAAUUGAUUAUUUGUCUUGCUGCGUCAGUGUACGUACAGGCGAAUAUCAACAUAAUUCCAGUUUGUAACUUGUUUUGUUAUUUAAAAAUUCUACCACCUUACGGUCUAAGCUCAACUGAUCGAGAUGGCUUUGUCAAGACCACGUCAAAACUUCCACCAGGACAGCGAAGCAGGAAUCAACCGACAGAUCAACAUGGAGUUGUAUGCCAGCUAUGUCUACCAGUCAAUGGCCUACUACUUUGACCGUGACGACGUUGCCUUGAAAGGGUUCAGCAAGUUCUUCAAGCAUUCCUCUGAAGAGGAGCGUGAACAUGCCGAGGAGCUGAUGAAGUACCAGAACAAGCGAGGCGGUCGCAUCGUACUCCAGCCCAUCCAGAAGCCAGACCGUGAUGAGUGGGGUAGCGGUCUAGAUGCCAUGGAGGCAGCCUUGGCACUGGAGAAGACUGUCAACCAGGCCCUUCUUGACCUUCACAAGGUCGCAGACGGGCACGGAGACGCCCAGAUGUGUGAUUUUGUGGAAUCUGAGUUCCUGGAAGAGCAGGCAGAGGCCAUCAAGGACCUGUCUGACCGCAUCACAAACCUCAAGCGUGUCGGUGCCGGUCUUGGGGAGUGGCAUUACGACAAAGAGCUCCAGGAAGAGAAAAACUGAUCACCUUGGCAACCCAGCAGUGGAUUCUUGUUCUAUUUGCGUUAUUCUACAGAUUUCUGGUUAUAAAAACAUUUUGUGAACAAAAUUAAGAACAAUUUUUAAUAGAAGCUUAACUUAAUUUUAAUAUCUUGUCUUCUAUGAAAUAAUAAAAAGCUUUAUGACUGAUUUAA